CCUGAUUUCGAGGAAGGUUUUGCCAAAUCAGCACAAAAUCCAGAGCUGUGUGUGUUUACAGCUGGACUGCUGCCGUCUCUGGUGAGGCACUCAUGAUGUCAGUGCUCCACCAGCCCACCAAUAUCGUGAUUGUCCCCUGCCAAGCUGUACGUCGCGCCCAGCUCAACGAAAGCCUACCUAUCGACGCUCCCUACGUAGGAACCACCAUAGGUAUGUGCACAGAAUUGAGCUUACCAUGCUGGAGGUCUUUUUUCUAGCCCAUGCUUUGUAGGUCGUUCCUGAGCAGCGUUCUCUUAAAGGCAGCAUCUCCGUGCCGUGCCUUUACAUGCCCAUCAGUCCGGUGGGCGCGUCGCGGGUUUGCAUGAAGUGCUUGGAAGAGGCCGGCAUGACAGGUCUCUCCGUGCAUGCGCCGCGAAGCCAUUCCUCUCUCGGAAGGAUGUUCUCCCUUACCCCCUGGUCCAUCUCUGGGCGGGCAGACAGACUCUUGGUCAAUCACCAGACAAGCUCCUUCGUUGAGCCUGGAAGCCUUAGGCGGAGGGGGAGUCCUUGUUCUGUGAAAAGCAAGCGGUUUGGGCGGGAGUCGGUGGGUCUGGGGUACUGGCAGAUUGCAGACUUUCUGCGGCAAAAGGGGCGGUUUGCAAGUGGCGCACGGGCGGCGCCUCGUGAGGACACGUUUGCGAAGGGGCAGAGCGACGCAACGGGGGCGGGAGGGAGGCAGCGGACGGAGCAAUGGAUCUGGAUCUUGACAACUGUUGCUAUCUACGUAGCUCCGUCCCUCCCAUUUAUCGCCACAGCAUUCUUUGCUCCGCAAUUUCUGCCCCUCAUUGGGGGCGCCUGGUGCACACUAGAGGCUCUCUUCUUGAUCUACCAUGAGGUUGAACGGCGACGUGUGGAUGCCGCCAUUGUUUUGGGGCCCGCGCCCAGCCCCGCUGAUGUCGUCACGAUGCUGGACCGUGUUUUGGAGCUCAAGCAAAUUAUCGACACCAAGUCGUUCCUGAGCCGGUGGUUCCUAGGUGCGCCGUUUGAGAGCAUCGGCCGCGAGAACGUUGCCGACUUUGUGUCGUACGGGUUUUACGACCGGCACAUGCAAGAGCUCAGCCCGGCAAUGCAGGAGGCCGUCAGAGAGAAUGUCCGAAGGAUCGAGAAGGCGUGGGAGGUCGAGUUUCCUCCGGGUUUGAACCCGAACAUCCGGUUCAUGGCCCACAACCGGGAGCCCCUCCGAGUCUCUCACCGGCCCCUCUUCCUCUAUGCCUGGUCGCAAGCGGUGUCAGUACUCGUGGGGAACGCGUUUCGACUGAUGGGCUACCGAAGUCACACCGCGCAAGGUCUCCGUUACUGGUACCGCCCCCCCUCCGGGGAUCACGGCCUGCAACCGAAGCUGUUCAUCCACGGUCUGGGGAUUGGUGUGACGCCGUACCUGCCGUUUGUGUCCGCACUUAUGGCGGACCGUCGGCGGGCGUCCGUUGUCGUGGAGUUGGGCCACAUAGCGAUGCGGCUCAACCGGCGACCGCCCACUCUAGAUGAAACCGUGGCGGCUUUGGUGGGCAUCCACGAGCGGCACAGCCUGCCCCCGGCGUGUUACGUGGCGCAUUCUUACGGGACGAUGGUGGUCGCGAAAGUGCUGCUGACGCAGCCGCAGCUCGUGGGGAGCACCGCUCUCGUGGACCCGGUCUGCUUUCUGCUGUGCCUCCCGGACGUGGUUUACAACUUCAUCUACAGGCCCCCCGAGGGCGACGAUUUGCCGACGUACCUUGCGGACGCCUUCCGGUGGUACUUCUGCUCCCGGGAGCUGUACGUGGCCCAGGCGCUCUGCCGGGGCUUCGCCUGGCACAAGGUCAUGGUGUGGCCGGACCAGCUACCAAAAAACCGGGUCGUCUUCCUUUCCGGCCGGGACCAGAUUGUCCCCUCGAAAGAAGUCAAAAUGCAACUUGAGCGGAACGGCGUCAGGGUCAUAUGGAACGCGACAGCCCGACACGCUCAUUUCAUAUUCAAUUCAGAGGCUCAACGGGAGCUGCUAGAGGCGGUGGACUUUGACUAGGUGCUGGUCUCUUAACUUUGUUCUGUACCUGCUCUGGAGCUAGGCCAGAGCUAACCUUGCUUUUCGAGACAAUGUAAACACGUUGAAGCACGCGCCGACGGGGAGACACAUGUAGCAAUCUUAUAUAGCAUAAGUUUCGAGAGUGUAUCAUAGCCACCGUUAUGCAGUCAAUGUAGUGUACGACAGGGUUGUCCAAUUGUGAGUAAAUAGGUAAUAUGCAUAGAUCCUUAACUAAAGACAGGCAUGCUCGUUGUGGACGGUGGCUCGAAAUUGGACUAAAUACGUACAUAGCUUAUCAUCUUCUAC